UCGCCAGUGCCUCGAGGCGCCCACACCCGCGAAGGCGAAGGGAAGGAGGAGGAGGGCUGUGGCCCACAGGCCAGCGGAGAGCGCGCGGCGGGUAGGAGAGGAGGGAGUCUGCGAGAGGAACGCUCCUUCAGGCCCGCCCCCCACGCCCGCUGCCAGGGCGCCCCCAAGGAACCGCGCGCGCCGCCUGGACCGGCCAGGGCUGUGGUGUGAAUGGAGCAGACGAGGCUCCUGGCUCCUCCUCCUCCCCCGCCGCCAGCCCCUCUUAUUUGAGCUUUGGGAAGCCGGGGGCAGCCCGGCAGCUGGGAGCCGGGCCCGCCGCCUCCUCGCCGCGACCCUGGACUUCCUCCUGCUGCAGGAGCCGGCCUCCACGUGUGCCCCAGAGCCGGCGUCUCCGCACGCGCUCCGCUCGGCGCCUGGGUGCCCUCCGCAGUCCGAGCCGCCGGGGGUCCGGGGCCCGGGUGGGACCUGGGCCAAACUAGGCGCGGCCGAGCCGAGCGCCGAGUGCCUGCCGGGCCGGAGGAGCCGCGGGGCGGCCGGGGUCGGGCCGCAGCAGAUGGGCUCCGACGUGCGGGACCUGAACGCGCUGCUGCCAGCUGUGCCCUCGCUGGGCGGCGGCGGCGGCUGCGCCCUGCCGGUGAGCGGCGCCGCGCAGUGGGCGCCGGUGCUGGACUUCGCGCCCCCCGGCGCCUCGGCCUACGGCUCGCUGGGCGGCCCCGCGCCGCCGCCCGCCCCGCCGCCGCCGCCGCCGCCGCCGCACUCCUUCAUCAAGCAGGAGCCGAGCUGGGGCGGCGCGGAGCCGCACGAGGAGCAGUGUCUGAGCGCCUUCACCGUCCACUUCUCGGGCCAGUUCACCGGCACGGCCGGAGCCUGUCGCUACGGACCCUUCGGUCCUCCUCCGCCCAGCCAGGCGUCCUCCGGCCAGGCCAGGAUGUUCCCCAACGCGCCCUACCUGCCCAGCUGCCUCGAGAGCCAGCCCGCUAUUCGCAACCAGGGAUACAGCACGGUCACCUUCGAUGGAACGCCCAGCUACGGCCACGCGCCCUCGCACCACGCGGCGCAGUUCCCCAACCACUCCUUCAAGCACGAGGACCCCAUGGGCCAGCAGGGCUCCCUGGGCGAGCAGCAGUACUCCGUGCCACCCCCGGUCUAUGGCUGCCACACCCCCACCGACAGCUGCACAGGCAGCCAGGCCCUGCUGCUGAGGACGCCCUACAGCAGUGACAAUUUAUACCAAAUGACCUCCCAGCUCGAGUGCAUGACCUGGAAUCAGAUGAACUUGGGAGCCACAUUGAAGGGAGUUGCUGCUGGGAGCUCCAGCUCAGUGAAAUGGACAGAAGGGCAGAGCAACCAUGGCGCAGGGUACGAGAGCGACAGCCACACCACGCCCAUCCUCUGUGGUGCCCAGUACCGGAUACACACCCAUGGCGUCUUCAGGGGCAUUCAGGACGUGCGCCGCGUGCCUGGAGUCACCCCGACGCUUGUCCGGUCAGCGUCAGAGACCAGUGAGAAACGCCCCUUCAUGUGUGCGUACCCCGGCUGCAAUAAGAGAUAUUUUAAGCUGUCCCACCUGCAGAUGCACAGCCGGAAGCACACCGGUGAGAAGCCGUACCAGUGUGACUUCAAGGACUGUGAGCGGAGGUUUUCUCGGUCAGACCAGCUCAAAAGACACCAGAGGAGACACACAGGUGUGAAACCAUUCCAGUGUAAAACUUGUCAGCGCAAGUUCUCCCGGUCUGACCACCUGAAGACCCACACCAGGACUCAUACAGGUAAAACAAGUGAGAAGCCCUUCAGCUGUCGGUGGCCCAGUUGUCAGAAAAAGUUUGCCCGGUCAGACGAAUUAGUCCGUCACCACAACAUGCACCAGAGAAACAUGAGCAAGCUGCAGCUGGCGCUGUGAGGGCGGCCCAGGGCAGCUCCGUCCCAGCCGACCAUGUGGGAGCUGCGCUCAGCUCUGGCUCGAAUGCCUCCUCACUCACCUCUCCAAGAAGGACAUGGCAGUUGACCUUCUUCAUCCAGCUUCCAGGACAAGAUGCCUGAACCACUGGACCGACCAGGUUUGCCUGGAGGAGCUCCGGGCUCUGCUUUGGGGACUUGUAGUUGACUCAGGGCCCUGGAGAAGUGGUUGACACCGCUGGGUCGGUUAGAAGCCCACCCCAUUUGGUCUGGAUUUUCCACUGUAAGAAGAGCUGCUGUCGAUAGCUCCCUUCUCCUGUGCACAUUUUCACUGGGAAUGGAGUCAUUGUCCAUUUUUCAUCAUAGAAUAUUUAUAGGCCAGGGCAUGUGUAUGUGCCUGCUAAUCUAAACUUUGUCAUGGUUUCCAUUUACUAACAGCAAUAGCUAGAAAUAAAUCAGAGAACGAGGCACUGGGGCGAGUCGUGUAGACAUUCUGGAGGUCAGGCGGGCUGCUAACCUGGGAGGCAAGAUGUAGUGCUCCCAGCAACUGUCAGAACUCCUGCAUUUCAGCAGCUGAAAAAGAAUCAGAACUAACCAGUACCUCUGCAGGGAAAUCUGAAAGAAUCUUACUGAUCAGUUAAUUCCGUGUCAACAUGUGGCACAUCUUACAAACCGUGCUUGAAGAUCGGAGGUGUUGUUUUUGUGUUUAUUUUUGACUUUUUGGAGUUGUAAUCUUAUGCAUCUUCAGAAACAUACAAAUCUCCUCACACAAAAGGAGUAGAGCUCAUCUUCAUCAUGUGGGGUGUCCUAGAGUGUGCAGAUCAUGCCGGUUAUGUGGCUUCAAGUUGUAAAAAUUAAAGUGACUUUGAAAGAAAAUAGGGGCUAGUCCAGAGUCUGCGCUGAUGACUGUUCUCAAGUAGCGUUGGGUCCUCCUGUGAGGAAGCCCACUGAG